UUAACUUAUGUUCGUUAACCUUUCGAAUACGAGUGGAGUGUAGGCGAGCCGAAUUUUGACAGAUCUUUUAUCUUUAGCCAAGUUGAGUCCGAGAUGGUCGAUUAGCAACUGCCACCAAGUGCCAAACUUAAUCCGAAGCCCAAUCACAAUCGUAAAUCCGAAUUCAAAAACAAAUAUAAUACCAAAACCGCCUCCAGCCACCACCACCGUGCCCCUAUAUAGAGAGAGAUUGAGAGACAGAAGACGAUUUUAGAGAGAUAAACUUCUCAAGUCUUAAACUCCAGCUUUUCGAAUCAGUGUAUUGUUGGACUUGAAAGAUAAAACUUGAGGUUUUUGAGUGUCGGAGCUUGUUUAAUUGAUAGAGCCAUGUCGACAAUGAGACUGCCACCAGCAAAAUCUUCAACAACUACGCAAUACGACCACACUAAUGACCCCUGGUUUAAAAGCCGUUUUAGUGCUCAAGAAGAUGAAAAGGCUUUAGCUCUUAAGGAGUAUAAUGUUCCUGUUUAUUUAAAGCGGCAAGGGUUUAAACCUCGAAAACCUGAAGAUUUUGGCGAUGGAGGGGCGUUCCCUGAGAUUCACAUGGCCCAAUAUCCCUUGGGAAUGGGCAGGGAUAAGAAACCAACUUCAAAAAUAUUGGCUAUUACAGUGGAUAGUCAUGGGGAUGUGGCGUUUGAUAAUAUAGUGAAGCAGAAUGAAAAUGCAUCGAAAAUUGUUUAUUCCCAACACAGGGAUCUUGUGCCUAAAAUUUUGAGGGGGGAGGAGUCUGAUUCAGAGGAAGAAUUGGAUGAGCUGCAGAAGCAGAUUGAUGAAACUACUGAAGCUACUAAAGCUGCGAUUGAGAAGAUAGUUAAUGUGAGGCUGAGUGCUGCUCAGCCCAAGAAUGUGCCGAAGCAGUCAACUGAUUCUAAGUUCAUCAAGUAUAAGCCUUCACAGCAAGCUCAAGCCUUUAAUUCUGGUGCCAAGGAGAGGAUUAUUAGAAUGGUAGAGAUGCCAGUGGACCCUCUUGAACCUCCUAAGUUCAAGCAUAAGAGGGUUCCUAGGGCUUCAGGUUCACCACCUGUGCCGGUCAUGCAUUCACCGCCUCGUCCUGUGACUGUGAAAGAUCAGCAAGACUGGAAGAUUCCACCUUGCAUUUCAAACUGGAAGAAUCCUAAGGGUUACACCAUUCCAUUGGAUAAGCGUCUUGCAGCUGAUGGAAGGGGCCUUCAAGACGUUCAAAUCAAUGACAAUUUCGCAAAGCUUUCUGAGGCUCUGUAUGUUGCUGAGCAGAAGGCUAGAGAAGCUGUGGCAAUGAGAUCAAAGGUCCAAAAGGAGAUGGCAAUGAAGGAAAAGGAAAAGAAGGAGCUGGAGUUGCGUGCUUUGGCUGCUAAAGCACGGUCUGAGAGGACUGGUAUUGCAGCUCCUGUAGCUGCACCUGCUCCCUCUUCCAGAAAUAUGGAUAUAGAAGACGACAUGAGAUUUGAUUACGGUGGCAGAGGAGAGAGAGAAGUGGUGACGAGGGAGGCGAAAGAGGAGAGGGAAGAGAGGUUGGGGCGUGAGAAAAUACGUGAAGAACGGCGACGAGAGAGGGAGAGGGAGAGAAGAUUGGAGGCAAAAGAUGCUGCCGUGGGGAAGAAGAGUAAGAUUACUAGAGAUAGAGAUCGUGAUAUUAGUGAGAAGGUUGCUCUUGGUAUGGCAUCUGUUGGGGCUGGAAGGGGUGAAGUCAUGUAUGAUCAGCGAUUGUUCAACCAAGAGAAAGGUAUGGAAUCUGGUUUUGCUGCCGAUGAUCAGUACAAUGUAUACGACAAGGGAUUGUUUACUGCACAGGCUACACUUUCCACUCUAUACCAACCAAAGAAAGAUGUGGAUGGUGAAAUGUAUGGAGGAGCUGAUGAACAGCUUGAGAAGAUCAGGAAUACGGAGAGGUUCAAACCGGACAAGGGAUUCACAGGAGCUGCAGAGAAGAGUGGUAAGAGAGAGAGGCCUGUUGAGUUUGAGAAAGUUGCUGAAGAAGCUGAUCCAUUCGGUUUGGAUCAGUGGUUGACUGAAGUGAAGAAGGGUAAGAAAUCUCUUGACAAAAUUGGUGGUGGAGGUACAAUGAAAGCAAGUGCUGGGUCUACUUCUCGAGAAGCUUAUGAUGGUGGCUCUGGAAGGAGUAGGAUUGCCUUCGACAAGGGUCAUUAAUUAAGGGUACUUUUUUUGAUCGACCCUGCAAGAGUUUAUGAAGGCGAUACAAGGAAGCUGCACACACAAAUGGUAAAAGAAAGUGUCCCACGCGAUAAAUUGAUAAAUUUAAAUCGCAAUGGUAGCGAAAAAGUCACAAAACUGGCCAGAAAUGUGAAACUCAACUGUGUGAUUUUCAUGCUCCUAAUAUUGUAUUUUUUCGAUUAAUUUUCCUCAUUUCCUACCAAUUUGUAACCCAACUUCCACUUUUUUUUAACCAGUUUGGUAAAAUGGCCUUGAUUCUAGUCAA